UGGGCCGGCACGGUGGGCGACAGCGUGGUGACCCCCUCGGGCUCGGCCAACGUCAUCUGGCUGACGGUGAACGAGAGCAGCCCCGGCAGCCUGCUGCUGCAGCUGUGCGACCUGCUGGCCACCACGCCGCUGCAGGGCCUGGUGUUCGAGCAGGAGCGUCCGCCUCCGCUCGACCAAGCCCCGCUGGCACCCAUGCUCGAGUUCGUCUCGGCGCAGACCGGCGUGCCCAUCGUGGCCGUGGGCGGAGGGGCGGGGCUCGGCAGAGAACCCCAGGAGAGUGGCUCCAUCUACUUGCAGUUCACGUCCUCCACUGCCCUGCAGCUGGAGGUCAUCUUCGAGGUGCUGGAGGGAUCACGACUGGGCCCGGCCUUCUCGGUGGUGUCCACGGCGCUGACUCACGAGGGAUCCCUGGACAUGGUGGAGGGCAUCACAGACGGCUCGUUCAUCGGCUGGGACAAGAAGAGCGUGGUGAUGCUCAAUCUGACCGGAGACCCAGGGGGUGUGCACACCCGCCGCAUGCUGAAGGAGAGCGAGGCCCAGGUGCGUCUGCUCUACUGCUCCCAGGAGGAGGCCGAGUUUGUCUUCCGGGCGGCCUGGGCGACCGGUCAGGCCACGCCGUCGCACCUGUGGUUCGCCGUGGGCCCGGCACUCUCUGGCCUGGGCAUGGAGGGCUUGCCCAAGGCGCUGCUGGCCGUGCGGCCCCAGGGCUGGAGGGACGAGCCGCGCCGCCGCAUCUCCAAGGGCGUGUCGGUGCUCACCCACGGCGCCAUGGCACUCCGGCGAGAGUACGGCAGCCAGCGGUGGACAGCCGCCACGACAGCGCUACAACACCGGGCGGGAACCGAGCGCAGAAAGGAUACCGGACAGGAUUGGGGUUUCCAUCUUUGGUUACCUCCUAUCCAUACCUCAUCUUUGGGGGUGCGUCUGCUCUACUGCUCCCAGGAGGAGGCCGAGUUUGUCUUCGGGCCUAGGCGUGGAUCCGGAGCCCGCGCCACCGUGCCACCUGUGCUCCUCUCUCCUCUCUCUCUAUCCCUUUGUCCCUAUCCUCUCUCUGCUCUGUUUCCACUUCAAUCUCUCAGGUUCUUUAGCAACAUAACCAUGGGUGGACGGGACUACUCUUUCAACAGCGAAGGCUACCUGGCCAAUCCCUUGCUGGACGUUGUCUGGUACUCAGCAGGGAGAGGCUGGGAGGAGGUGGGCGUUUGGGAGAACGGAGUCCUGAGGCUGCGAUACCCCCGCUGGUCCCGCGACGGUGUUUUCCUCAAGCCGCUUGACAACGCCCAGCACCUGCGUGUAGUCACGCUGGAGGAGCGGCCCUUCGUCAUCGUGGAGUCAGCCGACCCGGCAUCAGGCUGCAUCCGCGACUCCGUCCCCUGCAGACUCUCUUUCAACUCCAGUGUGGUGGCAGAGGGCACCACAUCCAUGAAGCACUGCUGCAAAGGUUUCUGCAUCGACGUCCUCAAGCGAUUGGCCAAGAUAGUGGGCUUCACCUAUGACCUGUUCUUGGUGACCAACGGCCGACACGGGAAGAACAUUAAUGGGGAGUGGAACGGAAUGGUUGGGGAGGUGGUGGCCAAGCGGGCGGACAUGGCCAUCGGCUCCCUCACCAUCAACGAGGAGAGGUCAGAGGUCGUGGAGUUCUCGGUGCCCUUCGUAGAGACGGGGAUCAGUGUCAUGGUCUCUCGCAGCAAUGGCACUGUCUCGCCCUCAGCCUUUUUGGAACCCUACAGUCCGGCGGUGUGGGUGAUGAUGUUUGUCAUGUGCCUGUCGGUCGUCGCGGUGACCGUGUUCCUGUUCGAGUUCUUCAGUCCGGUUGGCUACAACCGCAGUCUGCAGAAUGGCAAGAAGGCGGGAGGCUCCAAGUUCACCAUAGGCAAGUCGGUGUGGCUGCUGUGGGCCCUGGUGUUUAAUAACUCGGUGCCAGUGGAGAAUCCUCGGGGCACCACCAGCAAGAUCAUGGUUCUGAUCUGGGCCUUCUUCGCUGUCAUCUUCCUCGCCAGCUACACAGCCAACCUGGCUGCUUUCAUGAUCCAGGAGGAAUACAUCGACACUGUGUCAGGGCUCAGUGACAAAAAGUUCCAGCAUCCCACCGAUCAGUACCCGCCUCUGCGCUUCGGCACCGUCCCCAACGGCAGUACGGAGGAGAACAUCCGCAGCAACUAUCCCAACAUGCACCAGUACAUGGUCCGCAACAACCAGAGAGGGGUGGAGGAGGCCAUCGACAACCUGAAGACAGGCAAACUGGACGCCUUUAUAUACGAUGCAGCCGUGCUGAACUACAUGGCAAGGAGGGACGAUGGCUGCAAGGUAAUGACCAUCGGCUCGGGGAAGGUGUUUGCGACCACGGGCUACGGCCUCGCCCUCAGCAAGAACUCCCGCUGGAAACGACCCCUGGACCUGGCCCUGCUGCAGCUGGUGGGAGACGAUGAGAUUGACAUGCUCGAGCGUCUGUGGCUGUCUGGGAUCUGCCAUAAUGACAAGAUCGAGGUCAUGAGCUCCAAGCUGGAUAUAGACAACAUGGCCGGCGUGUUCUACAUGCUCUUAGUGGCCAUGGGCCUUAGCCUGCUGGUGUUCGCCUGGGAGCAUCUCGUCUACUGGAAGCUACGGCACUGCUUCGGUCGCAAAGGCGGACUGGACUUUUUGUUGGCCUUUAGCAGGGGUAUGUACAGUUGCUGUAAUUUCGAGGACGAGACAGCUCCUGCAGGCUCCCAAGGCACGCUUCCUCAGUAUCACCACGUGUCUACGGUACCUCCGCCGCCUCCACCCCAUGUGAUCGCUACAGGCGUAGCCAACACGUCUAUGGCUAUGGCCACACAACAGCAGCAACAGCAAAAACAUCACCAGCAGCAACAGCAACAACCGCAGCCUGUGUACAAUGCCCUGCUUCCUGGAUCCCCUCCAGCCACAGUGCAUUCUGGGAUGGCCCUUGGACCAUCCAACAGUCCCAUUUUGGGGGCACCCAUGCCUUGCUCAACGUUUCUCCCGCGCCACGACCGCAGACUGGCCGUGGUGGACCGCUGGACUCGCCCCAAGGUAGGCCCUGAGAAGUCCAUUGCUGUAAGCAGUGGGAUCACGGAGCUCUCACAGUUCCCACAAGGCAUUGCGCCACACUGGGCAGGAGCCGAAAGAAGCCUGGAUGAAUAUAAGCGCUAUUACGGUCCCAUUGAUCCUGAAGGCUUAGGAGCUUCUGCAGAGCCACAGACGGCUACAGCCCAGACCCCGAAGUCUGCCCAAAGAGGAACGAAAUCUUCUGGAAAUCCACGGCUACCUCCCAAAGUCCCACCACCUAAGCUGGCCUUGCACGGUUCGCCUCCUCGGCCAGGUUUGUUCUGGAGGAGAAGCAGCCUCUCCAAGAGGAAAGGCUCCGGAGGGCCUCUUUAUGAGAACAUCCUGCCUCUGGGAAGGAGAGGUGGAGGGCGGAACGGAUUGAGGGAAGGAGGUGGACGAAGAGGCCGUCGUCCUCCUCCCAUUCCACUCCCGGUGCCCGUCCCACUCUCCUCUCCUACUCAGACCCCUCCGUCUCCCUCUCCUUCGUUAUGUUACACCACCUCCGCCUCCACCACUUCUAGCACGUCGUCCUCCUCUUCAUCCGGUUCCCUCUCCCGAUCCAACUCCCCUUCCUCUUCUUCGUCCUAUACGUCGUCACAGAGUUUUCGGUACAGAAGUGGCACAGUGAGGGAUAUCUUUGAGGAUUACGACACUGAUGAGCUGACGGAAGAGUCCAGCCUGCUGCUGGGGAGAAGGAAGGGUCGCUCUCGCAUGUCGUCUCGCUCGCUUCCCUGCAGCCCCCCUCCUCCACCUGUACCGCCGCGCAAACCGCGCCAGUCGCGGGACAGUGGCCGCGACAGAACUGGCAGCCAGCUGGCACAACUACAGGAGUGGUGGGCGUCUUGGGGAGAGAAGGAGAGGGGCAGAAGAACAGCCGAAAGGAGGAGGAGGGGAGGAGGAGAAGACAGGGAGGAGAAGCGCCACCACAAAGAAAGGGAGCGCGAGAGGAAGAGAAGGAAGAAAGGCAGGAAGAAGAAGAAGAGAGAAGAGCGCGAAAGGGAGCGGGAGCGUAAACGGCGCAAGGCUAAGAAAAAGAGGAAGAAAGAGGAGAAGAGAAGAGAAAGGGAUCGGCGACCUGAGCAGGCCGAGCUAACGAUCGACAGGAAAGAGGAGUAUGAAAAAAGGAUGUCUCAAGAUUACUCCUACCCUGCCUUGAGGCGCAGCUCAUUCCGUAAGAAAAGCGAAAGCUCCAGCAGAAGUUACGACUGGGACAUAUCAAGAGAUGAGAUCAGACGCGACAGGGUGGAAGAUCGUGGCGAUGACGGGGAUGAUGGCAGAGGAAGGGAAAGGCACAGGAGCCCUCCAUCUCAUCACUCCAGGCAGCGAACCCAAGACAAGCGAUAUCCAUCCGCCAGCAAACCCACAACUGCAGUCAAGUUCUGGGGAAGUGGGAACCCCACACAUGCUCCAUCUUCUUCUUCGCUUUUACCGCUUCUCCCUCUGUCCUCCAAACGGCGGAAAUCUAUCACCAGUGAGAGAGAGGGCAGAGUGAGGGGAGGGGAAAGUCGCCCCCUGCUGGGGAGGAAUGGCAGGAACCGGGCACGAUCAAGGGAAGGCAUAUCACUGCAUGAGUGGGAUUCGGAUGCGGAGGAUGAGGACAACGAAUCUGAGGUGGAAGGGGGGAGAGUAAGAGGAGAGGAUCGAGGUCGGAGACGUGAAGGAAGGGGGAUUGAGUCGGAGUCAGAGAGGAGUCGGGAACGAGAGAAGACCAUUGAGAUAUAUACAGACGACGAAGGCUCUUCGGGAGAGUUCGGGAAGUUUGAGAGGUACUGGGAGGGUCACGAAGAAAGAGCUGUUGGAGGUAUUGGUGGUGGAGGGUGGUUCUUUGGCACUUACCCUGCCCGUGAAAAAGGAGGCAGCAUUAACAGCCGAGACGACUCUUUUGUGGGAUGGGGGCCAGGAGAGAGCAGCUGGGGGAUCGGAAGCAGCUCAAAUCGGUGGCCACCGCCACCGCUGACUCCCCCACCUCCACGCAGAUACUGGUCUGUGGACAAGCUACCAGUCAAGAGCGAAAAGAAAGUGAAGAACAGGUCCCAGGACAACAGCAGGGGCCACACCGCUUGCAGCUGCCACUCCCCACGCCAUCAGGGGAAGUCCCACUCCAAUUGGAGCAGGGUGACCUCUCGGAGUCAGGAGGACCUACACCCUCACUGCCAGAGCAGCAGCAGCAGUACCCGGCCCAAGCACCAGGCGUCCAAACCCGAUCGGGCCCAAGGCCAAGCCAAGAGUGGGAGCCAGUUGAACCUCAGUGUCCAGAGGCCGCAGCGGUCGGACGGUCGCGGCACGCGGCAGCCCUCGCCUCCCCAGGCUCUGAUCACCCCGCUGAUGCCCCCGUCGCUCCCGGCGCUCCCUCCGCCGCCCUCAUCCUCCCACCCCAUCCACGUCCCGCCGCCCACGUCCUCCUCGUCCGUCUCAUCCCCGUCAGUGGUCUCCUCGACGCCCGGGGCACCCCAGCCCUCCUCCAUGUCGUCAUCGAGCGCCAAACUGCAGUACCAGAGACUGCGGUCGGCGCCGAACGUUCCAGUCCCCGCACCUCCCCCUGAAAACCAAGAGCUUGUGCUCUCGGCGGGGGUCGGCUCACUUCUCCAGUGUGGAGAGCGAGGUGUGAGGGCACCGCGGCAGACCUGGACUUACUUAUUCUCGCGUAAUGCCGCAAACUGUGAAACAACAACAACAUGGGGCUGCACUGAAGGAACGACCUGUGCUCUCCUUGCUUCCUUUUGUAGACCCUGUCUUUUUUGGGGGUACUCGAGAGGGGAGUGGGGGCACAUCUGUUCCUGGAACCAGGAAAAAAAAGGAAGAGAAGAAGAAAGGAGGAAAGAAUGAAAGAAAGAAAGAAAGAAAGAAAGAAAGAAAGAAAGAAAGAAGAUAACUCUUACUGCUACACUGACAAACUUUCUCAGUGUUUGUGUUGGAUCCCACUACGGGGAUCACUGCUACAGGUCUCUCAGGAUUUAAAGCAAUGGGUUUGAUUAAUCCUGAUGAAUGUUAUUAAUCUUAAAAGAGUUGAGGGCUCAGGAAUUUGUGCGGACCUCUUGACAGAAAAGUCAGAGGCUAAUGGCCUCUUUCGUCAAACUCUUCGCCCUACUUUCUUUUUGCCCAAGUCUUUACUCUUACUCCCCUCCAAACUGUGAUCUCUGACAUUUCCUUGUGUGUAUUUAUUUGCUAUCUCUAGGGAAGGGACCAUUAGGAAAUAGUAGCAGUUUAUUGGUUUCUUUUUUCUUUUGCUUUUUUCUUCUCUAUAGAGCAUUUCUCUGUGUCCUCCUCACCUCCCUCCCUCUCUCUAUCCCUCCAUCUGGCACCUCUGCGUCUGUGUCACCGUGUUUGUAUUCCUACAGGGUAAAUCAGCUGUGACUGAUCUUUUACUGGCUUUUUCAAGCUGAGUGCCAAACUUGAGUGGAGCUUACAUUCAGAGCUAUUAUAUCUCAUAUCUGAUAUCGCCAUAUCUCUUUUCACAUGCCCUUGUCUGAGCAAUACAUGAUCAACUACUGACUUCAUACACAAUGCAUCUAUUUUAUAUUUAAAGGUUAUUUUAGUAUAUGUGUGUCCUGUAAUGAGAUCAGUGUCUUGAUUUAUCGAAAGAAUAUAAGCACUGUGCUGUACAUUACUGGGGUGCACAAUUAUGAUAAAAAAAAAAAACUACCUAGAGUCUGAGGCGGCCUUCCCCCUAAUGUCCGAAUGUACCUGUAGCCAUGACGACGCAGUGUGCUGCAACAAAGAAGACACUUUAAGAACAAAUCAGAUGGGGGUGAAUACUUUCUGAGUAGAUGCCAGACUGGAUUGUCCGUGACAACACUUAAGGGCAAAGACGUCAGGGCUAGCCAUAUAGCAGCAUUACUGUGUGUGCUCCGAUGUCAAUAUUAAGGAGUUAAAGACUUAACAUUUUCAGUGAGCGAUAAGCAGGAGAGCGCACUGUUUACAGUCGAUCACUGUGUUUUUUCUCAUGUUUUUAAUAGCUGCUCUGUAUAUGAUCUUUGUCUUUGUUAGCUUUCUGUGUGAUCUCCAUGUGUGCUUUUUGCAAGUUAGCUUGAGCUGUGACAGUUGCAACUAGGAUGAUGUAGAAGCAAGCAGUCCUUUUUGGUUGUUUUACAUACAAUAUAUAUUUUUUUAUUAUAUUGUAUUCAUGAAAGGUUUCAGUGACCCAUCUGCCAUUACUUCUGGAGAGAUCUAUCUGACUGAUAUAUUUUAUGGUUACUUUAAUGCAUUCAUGAGUAGCAGGAACACUGGACAAUCCCAGUCCUUUGUGUAUGUAUGUAAGGCCAAGAGGAAGGAUAUAUAUAUUGAACUUUUCAAUGCAAUGAAAAGUCCAGAGAGUGUAACCUCAAGUGAUCUGUGCCAUCGGCUAACCUACUCAAGACACAAGGCAAUCUCACAUGAUGCCCUGUGAACCUCAGUCAGGGGUCAAAUGAAAAUGGAUCAAAUAUCUACAGUUUGACUUGUAAUGCAAAGAACUAUUUAGGUUAUUUUUGUAAAGAAAUUACAUAUAUGAAAUGUAUGGUAUCCUUCUUCAUGAAGUGUUUGCACACCCAUGGUAGAACACUGAAUUGUCGAGCAUUACCUGACUACUUGUGUUCACCAUCUGAAUUGACUGUGAAAAAUUAUAAGGGCCUAUGUUUCUUGAUGUGCAAUCUCCUUACAUAGAUAUUUCAAGUGUUUGUGUCUGGAGAUACAACUCUGAAUUAGCAUUUUAUUUUCUUUACCAGCAAAAAUCAUCGUAAACAAUCCUUGAAAUUGUUUCUAUUUGUUUGUUUGUUUGUUUGUUUGUUUUUUUUCUGAUGAUUAGAUGGAAACAUGUACUUGGUAGUGGUGGAUGACCAAAUGAUUGAAUUUAGUUCAUUUCACGUCUGCUUUUGACUGUAACUGAGCCAUACUAAGCUUACUAUAUUGUAUGCUGAGAUUUUUAAUGAAUAACAUUGCAGGGAGUGUUUAAUAAUCCAAGCAUCGAACCGUAACAUCAAGAUAUACUUGAUUAUCACAAACAGCAUCUAAUUCUCCCCUAGACCAGCUUGUCAAUGAGAUCUGUAAGGAGUUUCUAUAAGGAGAUUAUGUUGGAUCUUUAUUCAACUCAGCAUUGUAGAUAAGAUCUGCUUACAAGUGCUUCUCCACAUCUUAAACACCUUAAACCAAUGCAGAUAAUCAGUUGUUAGAGGGAAAUGACACAGAUAUUAUUAAAAAGUAUUAGUACAAAUUGGAUCAUGGUAUGUUAUAAUAUGUGGAGGUAUUGCCAUAGAGUAUGUCUUGAUGUCACUGUCAGAUGUCUGGACUCAAAAUGCCCCCUUUGCAACAUUUGAUUGUGGUGCAAUAGUUGUCUGAAUUUCUUUCUAUAUAGAUGUACCUCAUAUAAAUGUGUUUGUGAAGUUUUGGGUAGCAAUAGAAGAAAAAAAAUAGAUGUGAUGCUUUAAAAUAUAAUUUCUCUAUGUAAUCAAGAAGCCAGAUUUAAAAGCUGAAGAAUGGGUAUGAUUCCAUGCUUGCAUGGUUCCCUCAGAAAAGGAUCACCCCAAUCCUUAAAUCGAGAGCAAGUAGAACAUCUUUGACAUUUUAUUUAAAUUUUGGCCUCACAAGAAAGUCAAUGAAUGCUUUAUGUGUUCAAGAUGUCCUAGACCAGCUUGUCACGUGACCGUAAAUGGGCCAAGUAACAUGAAACCCCCUCUAAUCUGACUGAAUCCAAGGAAAGUGUACCCUAAAAAAUAUCUCCCCAGUCCUAUAGCUUACCGUCUAUUUGUGUUAUUAGUGUCUGCGGCCGUGAGUUUUCUAUUAUGUGUGGCUAUUUCUGUCAUCUCUAUAACAGCAUAAAUAUAGUAUUAUAAUAAUAUAUUUCAAAGAUAUACAAUAUGUUUGUCAACAAAAAUUUAUUAUUAAUGACAAAAUAUGUCUUUUUUGUCUCCGCGUCCGUCCGUGUUUCCCUCGUCUCAAGACACACACACACACACACACACACACACACACACACACACACACACACACACACACACACACACACACACACACACACACACAC